AUUCUGCACACGGAAACACCUGAUGAAACCAGCUAAAUUUUCUUUUUCUUUUUUUUUUUUCAAUCGAUAUGUUUUAAAAAAAAGGAAAAUUUUCUGACAAUGAGUGGAUGAGGAUAAGAGUCCCCCACUUGCUUUAAUUCAAUUCAUAAAUCCAUUUAUAUAUAUAAUUAACAACAAACAAACAAAUCCCCAAAUCGAAUCAACCCCCAUCCCUUCAUUCAUUCAUAUCUGCUUUUCUUUACGUUUGGUCAUUCGAUUUUUUCUUUGGGUUUUCCUUCUUUUUGAUCCUUUUGCUAUUUUGGGUGGUGAAAGAUUGAAGAAUUUUGAUCAUGUCGAUCGCGUUGGAACGGAUAGAAUCGGCGGGGUUCGGGCGGGUCAUGAACUGCGCUUGCGAUAGUUCUAAAUUCGAAUCGCCUCCGCCGGUUAAGGAAACGAAACGGUUGUUAUUGGCGGAGACGGCGGCGGUUGAAGAGGAGGAAGAUGAUUGGAGGGUUUCGUCGUCUACUACGACGUCGUCUUCGAUCGGGAGGAACAGUGAUGAGGUAUCCGGAAUAUCAUCGGACGGUGGUGAUUGCGAGGAAAAUGAAGUUCAAAGCUCUUAUAAUGGUCCUUUAGAUAUGAUGAAUUCCCUUGAACAGGUCUUGCCUAUGAGGAGAAGCAUCUCGAGUUUCUACAAUGGAAAAUCAAAGUCUUACACGAGUUUAGUCGAUGCAUCAUCAGCUUCAUCCAUUAAAGACAUAGCGAAACCUGAAAAUGCUUAUACUAGAAGAAGGAGAAAUUUAUUAGCAAUCAAUCAUAUAUGGGAUAAAAACAGGAGCAAAAAGUUCAUUAGACCAAUAAGUUCAAGUAAAAGCACAUUAGCACUUGCUGUUGCAAUGAGUGGUUCAGAGACUGAUAGUUUUUCAAGCGCUGGUGAGGAUUCUUCUUCAACUUCCAGUCCUAGGUUAUUACUACCUCCAUUACACCCACAAACGAAAAUGGUUUCUUUGUAUAAUAAUAGUAUUAGUAUUACCCCUUCUUCAUCACCGUCGAGUGGUGGCCGGAAUUUCUCUAACUGGCGGUCUUUUUCAUUGGCUGAUGUACGUGAAUAUAACUGACUGUUAUAGUUUUACAUGGAGUUUGAUAUACUUUUUAUGAUUGGCUCCUCCACAAGGUUUUUUUUGUUAGUCUGUAGUUUUCAUUUUUGAGAUCAUAUGAUGCUAAUGAAGUGUCGAUUUCAUUUUCCUAUCGGUAGCUUAGUUUUUUUGAAUCAAAACUUUGAUUUCUUGAAAUUGAUUUCCAAUGUGUUUGAUUUGUUAGCUAUAAAUCAAUUGAACUAGCUUUUCAUGAA